AUGGCUCCAGACGCCAAAGAUAAAGGCUCAAUCGUCUUCUUCCACCCCGAUCUCGGUAUCGGUGGUGCAGAGCGUCUUGUAGUAGACGCUGCUGUCGGUCUUCAGGAGCGAGGUCAUCGCGUGGUGAUAUUUACGAAUCACUGCGAUCCUAAGCAUUGCUUUGAUGAAUGUCGUGAUGGAACUCUCGAUGUCCGUGUUCGUGGUCACUGGCUCAUCCCCAUGUCCAUCCUCUCCCGCCUCACAAUCCUCUGCGCCAUCCUCCGUCAUGUCCACCUCCUCAUCCACAUAGCUCUCACCGGCGAGCUACAAGACCUAAACCCGCGCGCUUUUAUCGUCGACCAACUCUCCGCCGGCCUUCCUCUCAUGCGCUACAUCGCCCCCGACAGCCCAAUCCUCUUCUACUGCCAUUUCCCCGACCUUCUUCUUGCGCAGGGUCGCGAAUCUGCCCUGAAGCGCCUGUAUCGUCGCCCGUUCGAUUGGCUUGAAGAAUGGACUAUGGGCUUCGCGAGCGCUGUGGCAGUAAACUCGGGUUUCACAAAGGGUGUUGUGAACCAGACGUGGCCCAAUCUCAAGAAGCGCACCGACACCAAAGUGGUGUAUCCUUGUGUCGACACUGGGGUCAAGGAAAAGGAAGAUGCUGGUAAUGAUGGGGACAUUCCUUUCAAGGGCGAGAAGAUCAUCUUGAGCAUCAACCGUUUUGAGAGGAAGAAGGAUAUUGGACUUGCGAUCAAGGCUUUCGCUGCUAUUCCUGAAGCUGAGCGCAAGGGCUGCCGUCUCAUUUUAGCAGGCGGAUAUGAUCCUCGAGUUUCUGAAAACGUCCAAUACCAUGCCGAACUGGAAGCCCUCGCCUCCUCCCACGGUCUCGAGCACCUCACCACCAAGACUCUCAUCACCGCUCUGUCCGCGCCCACAUCCGUCCCCGUCCUCUUCCUCCUCUCGAUCCCCAACUCUCUCAAAGCUACACUUCUUCGUUCCGCGCGUGUUCUUCUCUACACGCCCAAAAACGAGCAUUUCGGCAUCGUUCCUCUCGAAGCUAUGCUCGCACGGACACCUGUUCUGGCCGCCAACUCAGGCGGUCCUGUCGAGACGAUCGUGGACGGUGAAACAGGAUGGUUGCGAUCUCCAGACGAUGUAGAUGAGUGGGCCAAGGUCGUGCGUCUUGCGCUGGAACUUGGUGAUGAUCAGAUCAAGUCUAUGGGAGAUAGAAGCGAAGCAAGAGUCAAGGAUAUGUUUGGACGGGCGCAGAUGGCCAGCCGAUUCAACGAAAUUUUGGAUGACAUUGUUGAAAAGAAGGCUUCAUCCUCCGUGCGCACUGUUGUCAAUGUCGCAGCGGUCUUUGGUUUGGGUCUUUUGGGUUUGGUAGCUUCAGCACUUAUUGCUCGUAUGGGAAAGCAAGCUGAGCCAUCGGAAUUUUCAGUUUAA